CUCCCUCGUCCUGCUCGCUGCGGUUCGGCGGCGGGGACGGGCCGCGGCAGACAGCAGCGGCCGCGCAGGGCCGGUGCAAGUCGUGGGGCGGCUUUACCGUCUUCCCGGGCUCGCACAUGAACAGGCGGCUGCACGCGUCCUACCCGCGUCAGAGAGCGGGCGCCACGCAGGGCCCGCGGCGCGUCAGGGGCGGGUCGCCCCUGAUAGACCUCGGCGAGCCCGUGCAGCUGCGGCUGGGCCAGGGCGACGCGGUGGUGGCGCACUCGCUGCUGGCCCACCGGCGGGCGCGGAACUGGUCCGAGGCCGUCCGCUGCAUGGUGUAUUUCCGCCUGAAGCCGGCGGGACGCGGGGCGGAUUGGGAGGCGGGCGUCCUGGAGGACCCCAUGGCGAAUUUGCCCGGCGUCAGGUUGCCCCCAGGGACCGCCGCCCCGAGCGAGCCGGGCCGCCCCUGACGGCAGUGCUGUCCGCCAAGGGCACGCGGGCCACGGAGUUCAAUUUCUACCGCCUCGCCUGCCUCAAGCCCGGGCAGGUAUGCACUCCAGCCGAGGUGGCCGGGGAGGAUGACGCGGAGGAGCGGGAUGACCUCUGAGCGUGGCUGGCAUCCGAUCUACCGCCAUCGGCGGGCCGAGGAAUUCAGCCGCCGUGUGCCCGUGCGGGACUGCGCGAGGCGCCUCUGAAAGUGCUUCGUCGGGCGUUGCUGCGAGAACAGACCAGAGGAUUUAUCCUUUUUCGCAUCGCUGCCAGACGAAGCACUUAAAUAUGUACCGCAGGACUUUGCCUUGAACAAAGAUGAGAUAUCUAAUUCUUGCGCGUUGGUGGCGCCGUACGGCUGCUGGGGGUUGCAGGCCGCCAUGCCCAUGGCUUCUGCGUCGUGUCGACCGGCGCCCAA